AUGGCCUGGAAGGCGGGCAAUGGGCGGCCUGCCGUCUCGCCAGACCAGAACCCGUCCAUCUCGGGAGACGAAACGGAGGCGUCGACGGUAGUAGACACCCAACAUAUACAAGAAAAGGGCCCGGAGGCACACCCUUCACCGAUACAUGAAUACGGUGACGAUAUUGAGGCUCAAAGGAAUGAACACCUCGGCCAUGACGUCCAGAGGACCGCCACCAACGCCAGCCAGCGCAGCGCCCUCAGCCGGCUCUCACGCAGAAAGACCAAGGAGGCCGCGACGCUCCCCCACGCGCCGCUGCCGCUCAUGGACCUCGCCAACGGCGUCGUCGGGUGGGAGGCCCAGGACGACCCCGCCAUGCCGCUCAACUUCCCCGCCUCGCGCAAGUGGCUCAUGAUCGGCCUCCUCUCCGCCAUCACCUUCAUGACGCCGUGGUCCUCCUCCAUCCUCGCGCCGGCGCUCGGCCAGAUACAGGCCGAGUUUGGCGUUGCCAGCGCCACGCUCGCCGCCAUGCCCGUCAGCAUCUUCCUGCUCGGCUACGCCGUCGGCCCGCUCGUGCUCUCGCCGCUGUCCGAGACGCACGGCCGCAACCCCGUCAUGGUCGCCUCCAACCUCGUCUUCUGCCUCUGGCUUGUCGGCUGCGCGCUCGCGCCCUCGCUCGAUUCUCUGAUUGCGUUCCGCUUCCUCUGCGGCGUCGGCGGCUCCGCGUGCCAGACGGUCGGCGGCUCCGCGUGCCAGACGGUCGGCGGCGCCAUCAUCGCGGACCUCUUCCCCGUGGAGCAGCGAGGCCGCGCGACGACGGUGUGGAUGAUGGGCCCGAUCCUGGGGCCGUCGCUGGCGCCGGUCGUGGGUGGGUUCGUGGCGGAGACGAUCGGCUGGCGCUGGGCAAACUGGAUCUCCUUCGUCCCCGGCGUCGUGGUGGUGGCGUGCAUGGUGGUCGGCAACAAGGAGACCAACGCGCGCGUCCUGAUGCGGCGCAAGACGGAGAGGCUGCGGCGGGAGCUCGGCCGCCCGGAGCUGCGCAGCUGCUACGUCGACCCGGCCAAGCCGGUGCCCACCACGGGCCAGGUGCUGCUGCUCGGGCUCACCCGGCCCAUCAAGAUGCUCUUCCGCUCCGCCAUCCUCUUCAGCAUCUCCGUCUACAUCGCCUUCAACUACGGCUGCCUCUACCUCCUCUUCAACACCAUGCCCACCGUCUUCCGCGGCAACUACGGCUGGUCGCUCGGCGUCUCCGGCCUGCCCUACUUCUCCCUCAUGAUCGGCUACCUCGUCUCCAUCACCAUCUUCGCCGUCGUCUCGGACCGCACCGUCGUCCGCAUGACCCGCGCCAACGGCGGCGUCUUCGAGCCCGAGAUGCGCAUCCCCUACUGCACCUACUUCGCCAUGCUCAUCCCGGUCAGCUUCUUCUGGUACGGCUGGGCCGCCGACAAGCAUGCCCACUGGAUCGUCCCCGUCAUCGGCAUCAUCCCCUUCUCAGCCGGCAUCAUCGGCGUCUGGACCCCGGCCAACGCCUACAUCAUCGACGCCUUCCCCGAGUACGCCGCCAGCGCCUUGGCCGGCUUCGCUGUCAUCCGCUGCACCAUCGGCGCCUUUUUGCCCUUGGCAGCCCCGGCCAUGUACGCCAGCCUCGGCAUCGGCUGGGGCACCUCACUGUUGGGGUUUAUUUCGCUCGCUUUCGUGCCCGUGCCCUUCCUCAUCUUCCGCUACGGAAAAUGGAUGAGAGAGCGCUGGCCUGUCAAGCUCUAA